GGCUUCCGGUAUUUGUAGUUUGUUUCCACUUCCCCUCUGUGUGUAAUGGCUGCCUGCUGCAAGAGUAUGGAGUAUGUGAGGCUCUGUCGGAGAGGCUGUUAAUACAUCUGCUCUCUACAACUCCAGGUAUGAAGAUCUCAGCGAUGAAUCCGCCUCCACCAGUUUCUUAUAAAUCUGACAAACGUUGCUGGGCUUAGACUGUGGUGUGACCCGUGACAUCAUCAGAGAUCCAAGAUGGUGGAAUUUAAUUGGAGGGUUUUGGAGAAUUUUCCACUGCUGAUGUACAUUUUGGCAGCUAAAACAUUAAUUCUUUGCUUGGCAUUUGCUGGAGUAAAAGUAUACCAGAGUAAAAAAAUUGAACAAAAAAUGAAAAAAGAACGUGAGGCAAAGCUGAAAAAGGAAGCAGAGAAGAAGGAAGACUGAAGAGUCUUACAAGAUUUCCUGACAUUUCCUGCUCAUGUGGAUACCUUUCCCGGGAGGGUGAAGACUUCCCUUAGAUUGAACGAUGUGUCAAAGAAAUAAACCGUCCCCGAGCAGCAUUCACUUAAACUGCAUAUUGACUUUUUAAACGUGUAAUAAGAAUAUCCAUCCUCUCUUUAUUCAAUAAAGGUUCCUCAGUAGGAGCGG